GCUGAGUUUGUCACUUGCAGGCAACCCAAAAUCUCAAUUGUCAACCUAAACCGGUAGGCGCACUGCGCACUCCUUCUCUUUCCCCGCGCAUUUUAGCAUCCGAACUUCUUCUUCUUACACUUUCGCCCUUUCUCAGCGAACUCUUCUUCUGUGCCAGCGAGGGGAGAGGGGGAAAUUGAAUUAUGGAUAAAACCUUUCUCUCUCCUUCAGCGAAGCGCUCCGUACCUGCUCUACCCGACCCGAACACGUUUCCGCCAAACGGAUCCUCCAAGCGCGCCAGGUCUUCGUCUAAGACUCAGCCACCGCCGCUCUCCGUGCCUCAGGGCCACGUGGCAUUUCGCCUCCUCUGCCAGGCCUCCCGAAUCGGCGGCGUCAUCGGAAAGUCCGGUUCCGUCAUCAAGAGCCUCCAGCAGUCCACUGGCACCAAGAUCCGCAUCGAGGACGCGCCGGCGGAGGUGCAGGACAGGCUCAUAGUGGUCGUCGGCGAGGGGACAAUUUCCGGGAGGGUUUCUCUAAGCGGCGGCGAGGCCGUCGAGGUAUCGAAGGCACAGGAAGCGCUCUUGAAGGUGUUUGAUAGGAUUCUAGAGGUUGCGGCGGAGACGGAGGGGAUUGAGGUUGGGGAUAGGGUUGUUUGCAGCCGGCUGGUGGCUGACGCGGCGCAGGUUGGUUCGGUGAUUGGGAAGGGCGGGAAGAUUGUGGAUAAGAUCAGGAAGGACACUGGGUGUAGAAUAAGGGCUUUCACCGACAAUUCGGCACCUUCCACUUCCUCUUCCGACGAAGUGAUUGAGAUAGAAGGCAAUGUGUCAUCCGUUAAGAAGGCACUUCUUGCGGUUUCUCGCCGUCUUCAAGAUUUUCCUCCUCCUGAUAGAACAAAGAUGAUGGGAAGCAAACCAUAUGAAGUGGUUCAGGAUGAAACUUUGGUUUCAGUUCCGCAUCAUGAGACUUUAGCCGCAGUUCAACGCGAGAGUUUUACCGCAGUUCCGCAUGAGACUUUCACCACAGCUCCUCGUGAGACUUUAAAUGAUCUUCAUGUGGACCAUCUUCUGCAGAGAAGCUCUUUGCUAUCUUCUUUCUCCAGCAGCUCUAACAGCUAUGCCACUGGAAUUCAUUCAUUAUCAUUCUUUGUUCAAAUGAUCGGGUUGGCGGUGUUAUUGGAAAAGGUGGUGCUAUUGUGAAAGCUCUUCAAAAUGAGACAGGGGCAACUAUAAGUAUCGGUCCUUUAGUAGGCGAGUGUGAGGAUCGAGUAAUUACUGUCACUGCUUCAGAGAAUUCUGAGUCAAAAUAUUCCCCAGCACAGAAGGCUGUUGUGCUUGUUUACUCAAGGUCCAUUGAAGCUGGUAUUGAGAAGGGGCUAGACUCUGGAUUCAAGGGGUCAUCUGUUACUGCACGACUUUUGGUUCCAUCGAACCAAGUUGGUUGUUUGUUGGGAAAAGGCGGUGUAAUUGUUUCAGAAAUGCGGAAGGCAACGGGGGCUUCCAUUAGAAUAAUUGGUUCUGAUCAGGCUCCAAAAUGUUCAUCAGAUAAUGAUCAAGUCGUACAGAUAUCAGGAGAGUUUUCAAGUGUGCAAGAUGCGUUGUACAAUGCAACUGGUAGACUGAGAGAUAAUCUUAUUAUCAGUUCACAGAACAGUGCUGGAACAAGGAGUCAAAACUCUGUGCGAGCGGACUCCAGCCUUUCCUCUGCAAGAGCUGACACCAGCCUAUCCUCUGCACGAGCUGAUACCAGUCCCUAUGGGCGAUUAAGAGAUACGGUUCCUCUUAGUGGCCAACCAGCUUUUGGCGUUUCUCCUUGUUUGACUAGACAUACAUUGUCUCAAAGUAUUGAUCAUCAUGCUCUUGCACAUAAUUUGGAUCAUAGUCUGGGUAGACAUUCUUUGUCACAAAGCCUUGAUCAUCAUGCUCUUCCAUAUAAUUUAGAUCAUAGUAUGGGUAGACAUGUGUCACAAAGCCUCGAUCGUCAUGCUCUUGUGCAGAAUUUAGAUCAUAGUCUGAGUAGACAUAGUUUGUCACAAAGCCUUGAUGAUCAUGCUUUUGCACAAAAUUUAGAUCAUAGUCUGGGUAGACAUAAUUUGUCACAAAGCAUUGAUCAUCAUGCUCUAGCACAGAAUUUAGAUUAUAGUCUAGGUAGGCAUGGUUUGUCGCAAGGCAAUGAUCAUCAUGCUCUUUCGUGGAAUGUAGACCAUCCUUCUUCCCCAGGGUUAUGGGCACCAUCGACAGUGGCUGGCAUAAAUUCAAGGGGAAUUAAUGAUCUUAGUUGGGGAAUGACAUCUCGAAAAGGAGGCUUGGAACUUGUCAGUGGAAGUAAAUCUGCUAUUGUGACUAGUACAACUGUGGAAAUUGUGGUUCCUGAUGAUACUAUUGACUCUGUUUAUGGGGAAAAUGGUAGCAAUUUGGCUCGUCUAAGACAGAUUUCAGGCGCUAAGGUUGUCAUACAUGAACCUCGUCCUGGAACAAGUGACAGGACUAUUGUAAUAUCCGGUACUCCUGAUGAAACCCAAGCGGCACAGAGCCUUCUCCAAGCAUUCAUUCUCAGUGGAUCAUCAUGACAAUAUCCUCUCAUUCAUGUCCCAAUGUUCUCCUCGUAGAUACUUUUUUUAGUAGUUUUAAUUCCUUUCUUUUUCUUUUUUAAAGAAAAUAUAUUUUGUAUUUUAACUUACAGUUUUUCCCUAACCUGAAAUCAUGUAAUAUGCCGGUUUCCUGGCAUUGUAUCAUUCAUUCCUUAUCAUUCUCAUCCUUGCUGAAUUAAUUCAGCCUAGGCUGUCUAUUGAACUGUCAGUGUAGUUAUUUUUCGUCAAUUACUUGAUUCUUUCUUUGGUGCGUACCUUAGUAACAGCGAGGUAUUUUAAAUUCA